AUGUAUAAGUGGCCUGCAGAAGACUUGGUCAAUGGGCCAACUACAUCUAGACCCCAUGCAUCAAAUGGCCAAGAAACAAUUGUUAGGUGUAAAGGUUCUGUGAGGAGCUCUCAUGAGUUUGAACCCGAAUGGUUAAAACUUCUUCAAGAGAUUCAACAAAAAGUAAUUAUACCUGCUAGAUAUCCUCAUCCGAUGCUGAAUUUUAGGGACUACGAUGACAACGAGGAAUGGAAAGCCAUGAAAGAGUGGCUUGACAAGCAGUCUAAAGGCUCAGUGGUCUAUGUUGCAUUCGGGAGCGAGGCAAAACCGAGUCAAGCCGAAGUCACUGAGAUAGCUCUAGGGUUAGAGCUAUCCGAGUUACCAUUUUUUCGGGCUCUAAGGAUGCGAUGUUGUUUGGUGGAUAUUGAUAUUGUUGAGUUGCCAGAUGGGUUUGAGGACAAAAUGAAGGGAUGCAGAGUGGUGUGA